AUGGAGGAAGAAUUAAAUGUAACAUAUUUAAUUUUUGGUGGACAUGUGGAACUUAACACAUACAGAUAUCUUUGUUUUGUGGUUGUUUUGGUAGUGUAUAUUCUGAUAUUCUGCAGUAAUUCUACUAUUGUGUACCUGAUCUGGAAACACCAAGACCUCCAUGAGCCCAUGUACAUUUUCAUUGCAGCCUUGUUACUGAACUCUAUUCUUUUCACCACUAAUAUCUACCCGAAGCUGUUGGUCGACUUUUUAUCUGAAACCCAGAUCAUAUCAUAUCGAGCCUGUCUUCUUCAAUAUUAUAUGUUUUAUACUUUAGCUGGUUCAGAGUUCUUACUGUUGGCAGCCAUGGCCUAUGACAGAUAUGUGUCUAUAUGUAAACCUCUGCAAUAUCCAACUAUCAUGACAAAAAAAAGGAUCAGUAUCUUUCUGGCUUUAUCUUGGCUAUUGCCUGCUUGUCAGCUUGUGGGCUCAGCAACACUAAGUGCUAAUCAAAAACUCUGUAGCUUUACUCUGAAAGUCAUUUUUUGCAAUAACUCCAUUUACAAACUUCAUUGUGUGUCUUCAAGAGCAAUAUCUUUGUAUGGUGUGUUCGUUUUGCUAAAUAUUGCCGUUUUCCCUGUUCUCUUCAUCCUUUUCACAUACGUCAGGAUACUUAUAAUAUGUUAUCACAGUAGUUCCGAAGUCAGGAGAAAAGCUGCACAGACCUGUGUUCCUCACCUGCUGGUUUUGAUCAACUAUUCUUUUUUAUUAACUUAUGAUGUUAUUACAGUUCGACUGGAUUUAGAUUUUCCAAAAACUGCACAUUUGAUAAUGACUUUACAAUUAGUUUUAUAUCAUCCACUUUUCAAUCCAUUUAUAUAUGGAUUAAAAAUGAAAGAAAUUUCUAAACACCUUAAGCGGUUGUUAAUAAAAUAA